CGCUGUCCUUCGAACUGCUUUCCAAUUUUACUCUCUCGUUCUCUCAUCCUUUUCAUGAUCAUCUAUUUCUUAAGCUUAUCUUCCUCCCACCAAAUCUCUUUCGCUCUGAUUCUUCUCCAACGCUUUCUUUUUGGCGACCCUUUUGGUCUCCGAUCAAAUUGCCAAUAAUGGAUUUCUUGGAUUUGCUUGAACCCGACAUGUCGAGAAAGAUUCUGAUGUGCUUGGAUGAUAUUUCUGAUAUCGUUCGUGCGAGUGCCGUCUCACGAUGUUGGCAACAUUUGGUGAUAGAAAAUGGUCUAUCAAAGCAGCUCUGCCUUAGAUCAUUCCCUCCUUUGUCUAGAGUAGCUUCAAUCGUUGAAGUGAACGACUCGGAAGCGAAUGGGCACAUAGAAGUAGCAUGUAGUAGUUCAAGAGAUUCCAAAUCCGUGCUGAGGGAUCACAAAGUUUAUGCUUAUUUUGCCCAUGCGGCUACAUCGUUUCUUAUGAGAAGUUGCAUUUUAGAGGCACUUAUUGCUUCCAGCACUGAUAAUGAACCCGAGGAAACCAUCAACAACACGUUGGAACCAAGAGACGUGGUUGCAAGGAGAGCUUUAUAUUGGUCGAGUAAGGGACAAUUUAAACCUGAUGUGCCCGAGACACUGAUAUACAGAUUAGUCUCCAAUUUAUGCGUCGUAACUGAAAUUAACAUACGACCUUUUCAAGCAUUUUUUCAGCCAGGUUCACCUAUAUACUCAGCUAAAGCUGUGCGUUUCCGAUUUGGUCAUUUAAACCGUGUCAUGAAUCCUAGAAGCGAUCUGAUUGGGGAGUCACACUGGGGAUCUGGAAACGAUACGUUUGUAUGGACCUACACUUCUCCAGAAUUUCCAAUGGCUCAGGAGAAUUACUUGCAGAAGUUCAUACUCCCUGAACCUGUUCUUUGCGUAGGAGGCAUUUUACAAAUUGAGCUGCUUGGCAGGGUACAAAGACAAGAAACAGAUGCUUUGUUUUACAUAUGUGUUUCUCAUGUUAAAGUUAUCGGACGGCCAUUAUCGCCUUCAUUUGACAUCGAAAUCCUCGAACCCUCAGGGGAGUUUCUUUUGAAAUGUAAUUAUCAGGCAAAGACAACUUGUAACCAAUUGAUUAUGCUCGAGAAUGAGCCACGCACGAUCCUUCCCACGUAUUUGGAGAGACGUGUCGUUGAAUUGCGACAGAUUGUGAACAUGCUUCGGGGAAAUGUAGUCCAAGGUGAGUAUUAUGCAUGGGGUGAGGAAGAAGAUGAAUCAGAUGAAGACUUUGUUGCCUAAAUUAAUCACCUUGUCCCAAGAACAAAAGAAGAGGAAGAUGAAUGUGAAAAGAACAGCCUUUUUUAUUGUGCUAAAUAAUCUGUACAAGAUUGCUGGCUCUCGUGUAGAUGAAUGUGAACAGAACAGCUUUUUUAUUGCUUCAUGUUGGAUGUAGUUAAAAAAUGUUAGUAGUAAUACCACUAUAGUGCAACAAUAUUUUUCAUCUCUCUUGGAUUCUGAAUGCAUUUGUAGCUGUUUAAA